GCGGCCGAGGGGGCGGCCCGGGGGGCGUGGGGGGCCGCGGCGGCUGGGAUCCCGCGCAGACACUCGGAGGCGGGGACACGCGGCCCCGGCAUGCCGGCCCUCCCCUUUUAAAGGAGAGGAAAAAAAAAAUCCCCUCAAACACCGGAAGGUCUGGAAGGGGCAGGGCACAAACGCUGUAGUGAAGAACACAGUGUGGGGGCCGUUGGUGAAGAAGAUAAGGAACCAUGGUAAUAGAGAAGAAGAAAACCCAGCCAAUGAUUAUGUGAUAAUAUGGAAGAAGAUGGAAAAAAGCUGUUUAAUGGCAGCUACUGGAGCAUGCAAAGCAGAGGCUUUCAGAAAAAGGACGCUUAAGAGAGGCUGCCCAAGUGUCGGAGCUACAGUACUACAGGGUCUCCAAGCCCCCGGUUGUGGGGGCACACAGUUGAAAGUCAUAACCCAGCAGUCGAACGGAACUCAGUGGCAUGAUUAAGAGAGUGGCGACUGUGCUAAAACAUGGAUAGAUGCAAACAUGUAGGGCGGUUACGGCUCGCCCAGGACCACUCCAUCCUGAACCCUCAGAAAUGGUGCUGUCUGGAGUGCUCCACCACAGAGUCUGCAUGGGCCUGCCUCAAGUGCUCCCACGUGGCCUGCGGCCGCUACAUUGAAGACCAUGCAUUGAAACACUUUGAAGAGACCGGACACCCGCUGGCCAUGGAGGUCCGGGAUCUCUACGUGUUCUGCUACCUGUGCAAGGACUACGUGCUCAAUGACAACCCCGAGGGGGACCUGAAGCUGCUGAGAAGCUCCCUCCUGGCGGUUCAAGGCCAGAAGCAGGACCAGCCCGCGAGGCGUGGGCGGACGCUGCGGUCCACAGCUGCAGGCGAGGACGUGGUCCCGCCGCAGCGCACUCCUCAGGGACAGCCGCAGAUGCUCACGGCUCUGUGGUACCGGCGCCAGCGCUUGCUGGCCAAGACGCUGCGGCUGUGGUUCGAGAAGAGCUCCCGGGGCCGCGCGCAGCUGGAGCAGCGGCGGCGGGAGGAGGCACUGGAGCGCAAGAAGGAAGCGGCGCGGCAGCGGAGGCGCGAGGUCAAGCGGCGGCUGCUGGAGGAGCUGGCCAGCGCGCCGCCCCGGAAGAGUGCGCGCCUGCUCCUGCACGCGCCCGGACCCGUGGCCGUGCGCCCAGCUACCCUCGCUACCUCCCGGCGCGCGCCCGCCGCUGCCCUCAAGCCGCGCCGUCAGCCGGCGGUGGCCCCGGGUGUCACCGGCCUACGCAACUUAGGCAACACCUGCUACAUGAACUCCAUCCUCCAGGUGCUCAGCCACCUCCAGAAGUUCCGGGAAUGUUUCCUUAACCUCGACCCUUCCACCUCCGAACAUCUGUUUCCCCAAGCAGCCAAUGGGAAGGCUCAGCUCUCUGGCAGGCCAGUCAGCAGCUCUGCUGCCGAGUUGUCGGUAAGGAGCGACCGGGCCCAGGGGUGUGAACCUCAGGGCCUCUGCUGGAACAGCGGAGCCUCCAUCAGCAGGAGCCUGGAGCUCAUUCAGAACAAGGAACCCAGCUCAAAGCACAUUUCCCUCUGCCACGAACUGCACACCCUCUUCCGAGUCAUGUGGUCUGGGAAGUGGGCGCUGGUGUCGCCCUUUGCCAUGCUUCACUCGGUAUGGAGCCUCAUUCCCGCCUUCCGUGGCUACGACCAGCAGGACGCACAGGAAUUUCUCUGCGAGCUGCUGCACAAGGUGCAGCAGGAACUUGAGUCUGAGGGCUCCACGCGCCGGAUCCUCAUCCCCUUCUCCCAGAGGAAGCUCACCAAACAGGUCUUAAAGGUGGUGAACACCAUAUUUCACGGGCAGCUGCUCAGUCAGGUUACAUGUGUGUCAUGCAAUUAUAAAUCCAAUACCAUUGAGCCCUUUUGGGAUCUGUCCCUGGAAUUCCCUGAACGCUACCACUGCAUAGAGAAGGGGUUUGUCCCUUUGAAUCAGACAGAGUGCCUGCUCACUGAGAUGCUGGCCAAGUUUACGGAGACAGAGGCCCUGGAGGGGAGAAUCUACGCUUGUGACCAGUGUAACAGCAAACGACGAAAAUCUAACCCCAAACCCCUUGUUCUGAGUGAAGCCCGAAAGCAGUUAAUGAUCUACAGACUACCUCAGGUCCUCCGGCUGCACCUUAAAAGGUUCAGGUGGUCUGGCCGUAAUCAUCGCGAGAAGAUUGGGGUCCAUGUCGUCUUUGACCAGUGGUCAUGCAUCACGGGAAAGGGUUUGGCUCAGGACACUACACAGCCUAUUGCUACAACACAGAGGGAGGUUUCUGGGUCCACUGCAAUGACUCAAAGCUGGAUGUAUGCAGUGUCGAGGAAGUGUGCAAAACCCAGGCCUACAUCCUUUUUUACACUCGAAGAACAGUUCAGGGCAGUGCAAGACUUUCAGAACCCCAACUCCGAGCUCAGGUGCAGUCGAGCAGCAAGGACGAAGGCAGAACGUACACAUUCCCUUGACUGGGAGGCAUGCAUCCAAAUGUCCUUACAUUUUUCCUCGUGGGUAAGAAGGCUUGCCGUAGUAACAGGUUACUGGGUUUGCCUCACUGGGCCUAGAGGAGACAAUGCCAGGUGAUUCCUGCCCUGUCAAAAAGUUGGUAGUCACUGUCUUUUGAAAACAUUUGGAAAUUCCCUCCUUUCAUAAAACAAAUCUAAAGGAGUAA